AUGACAUUUAAUGGGAGGUUAGGGAAUCUUAUAUUUAAAUACGCCUUUCUCCACGUUACGUCAAAAAUUAAGAAUUUAUAUCCUAUAUUUCCUGAAAAUUUCGAGUUGUCUAGAUAUUUCACUUUACCUCACUACGAAUCUCAAGAGCAGAAUGCAAGAAGACAAGAAUGCAACACAGUUGUUCGUGAAGCUGAGCGAUGGCCGUGUUCUUAUGAUGAAAAAUUUACAAAACUGUCCAUGAACAAAAGAUUUUAUUUUCAUGGCUAUUUUCAGUCAUGGAAGUAUUGGACUCAAUAUGAAGAUGAAAUCAGGGAACUUUUUACAUUCAAUUCCGAAAUUCAAGAUGAAGCUCGUGAAAAACUGUCUGACAUUUUGAAUGAAAUGGGAUUCAGGGAUACAUCGGAAGAUGUAGUAAUUGGCAUUCAUUCGAGAAGAGGUGAUUACGUGUCUAAGCCUGCCAAGAAUUAUGGCUACGUCACUCCGAAUGUAACAUAUUAUCUCAAUGCAAUGAAGUAUUUUAGGGACAAAUUUAAAACAAAGAGAGUUUUCUUUAUUGCUGCUUCAAAUGAGAUAGGCUGGUUAAAACAAAAGCUACACGAGGAAGAAAAUAUAUUUUUUCUGCAUGAUAAUAGCCCAAUUAUUGAUAUGGCUAUUUUAUCUCUUUGUAAUCACGUGAUUAUGUCAUCUGGAACCUUUGGUUGGUGGGCAGGGUGGAUGACACGUGGAACAGUUGUAUACUAUAAACAUUUAUAUACCCCUGGCUCUUUAUUUUCUAAUGCCUUUCGAGGAGGGGAAAUUUCUGAUUUUAUCUAUCCUGGUUGGGUAGGCAUGAUCUAAUGUACUCAU